UGCAAGGUUUUCUGUUUUGGUGUUCCCAUGUUAGGUAUUCACAUGACAUAACUGACUGUCAAGUUAAUUUCAUUCCAUUUUUCACUAUUUACCAAAGAUGCCAAGAGAAUUCAGGUGAUUCAGCCUUGAUUUCAAGUUAUCGGGAUGGGUUUUUGGUGUUGAGUUAUUCAUUUUCCAGACUGUUCAUUUUGUGUAAAGGAAAUGAGGCGUACUGAGGUGAAUGUUGAGUUGAGGAAAUGCCAGAAGGAAGACCACCUGAAGCGACGCAACCUUGAAAUCGAUGAUGAGCCCCUCAGCCCUCUUGAAAAAACAAAUCGUGUGACUGCAGCCAACAUGAGCAUUGAGGACAUAGUAAAUGGUAUCCAUAGUGGUGAUGAAAAAAUUGAAAUUACUGCAACACACGCUGCACGUCAAAUCCUCAGCAAGGAACGUAACCCACCAAUUGACAUCUUCAUCGAUGCCAAUGUCAUUCCCAAGCUGGUGGAGUUUCUCAGUCGUGUCAAACACCCAGACCUUCAGUUUGAGUCGGCCUGGGCUCUCACCAGCAUUGCGUCCGGCACAUCUGAUCAGACUAAAGUUGUCGUCAGUGCUGGGGCUGUUGCUGGUUUCAUUUCUUUAAUGGGUUCACCUCAUUCAGUUCUGGCCGAGCAAGCUGUCUGGGCUCUCAGUAACAUCGCCGGAGACGGACCAGAGCUUCGAGAUCACGUCAUCGAGCUAGGCAUUAUUAAGCCUUUGAUCACCUUAAUAAAACCCGGUGCUCCAUAUACAUUAUUGCGUAAUGUCGCUUGGACUUUGUCCAACUUGUGUUGCUACAAGAUAUUUCCACCCAGUGUCCAUGCAGUCCGGCAGAUUCUUCCCGCUCUAUCCCAGCUUAUCCACAAGAACGACAAAGAGAUCCUAGCCGACGCUUGCUGGGCUCUGUCGUACCUCACCGAUGGCCCGAACGAACGGAUUCAAGAAAUAGUCAACGCCGGAGUCGUCCCUCGGCUUGUCGCUUUGUUGGACCAUAAUGAAUUGGCCGUCGUCAUCCCCACUCUAAGGACUAUCAGCAACAUCGUUGCAGGAAGUGAUUCCCAAAUCGAUUCCGUCAUGGCUGCUGGUGUCUGCCCGUUGCUGGCCAAGUUGCUUAAUAAUUCACAGAUGAACAUCGUCAAGGAAGCUGCCUUGGCCGUGUCUUACAUUGCUGCCGGCAAUGCCAUCCAGAUUCAGGCUCUCUUCACCAACAACGUUGUUCGUCCGUUGGUGGACGUGCUGGGCAAAGGUGACUUCAAAUGCCAAAAGGAAGCAGCUUGGGCCAUCACCAACAUUACCUUGGGUGGCAAUGUGGAGCAGAUCGCUUUGUUGCGCCAGUUUGGUGUCAUCGCUCCGCUGUGCGCUUUGCUAGAGGCCAAGGAAGAUAGCAAGACUAUCUUGGUCGUUUUGGAUGGCUUGGCUAAUAUUUUGGCCGCUGCCGAGAAAAUGGGCGAACUGGAGAAAGUUACCCUUCACGUCGAAGAGUGUGGUGGCCUGGAUCGCAUCGAAGCUCUGCAGAGCCACGACAAUGUUGAAAUCUAUCACAAGUUUCUGGCCAUUCUGGAGCAGUACUUCUCAACUGAAAGGGAUGAAGAUUCCGAGUUGGCGUUAUCUCCAUCGUAGAGCGGCCAUUACGAAUUCAACAACCAUCCAUCUAAAAUAGCCCCCGAAUGAGGUUUAUGAUUCCAAAUUUUAUCAUCCAAAAUUCUUUUUUCUGCCUUUACAACGGUAAAUAUGUUCUUCACUCUUUUCCACGCUAUCCUAAUUCCUAACUAGUUUCGGCCUUUUUUUAAGAUUUCAAAAUUUAUUUAAAUUUAAAGUUUCCAUUUGCUUUCAUUUCUGUUCAUGCACGACGUCUUCUUUCCUCUUUCUGAAUGCGCGAUAAAAGAGCAAUACAAAACAGCUCAAUCAAA